GUAUUAAUUGAUAUCAGAUGUAUAUAUGAUUAGCAAACGAGUAUACAUACCAUAAGAAAUAAUGUACGUGAAAAAAUAUAAAUAAUAUUAGUGAAAACAAGUGAUUUUUGAGGACUAAUUCAGUUUAGGAAGCGAUAUGUACAAAGCUAUCAUAUUCCUGACAUUGAUAGCAGCGUCAUCAGCCCAGUACCUGCCAAAUGGCUGUCCUUCGAACUUCCACAUACAUCUCCUGCUGCCUCACGAGACGGACUGUUCGAAGUACUACAGUUGCAGCAAUGGAAACAAAAUAGAGAUGACCUGCGGGCCGGGCACGUGGUUUGAUGCUAAUACACAAGUGUGCAACUGGCCAUUCGCAGUACAAUGUUCAACGCCAUCAACAACAACUACAACAGCGUCAUCAACAACAUCAACAACACCGCCAUCAACAACAACAACAACAGAAGCAACAACAGAGUUCUUACCGAACGGCUGUCCGGCUAACUUUGGCAUUCAUCAUUUGUUACCACAUGAAACUGAUUGUUCUAAAUAUUAUAGCUGUAGUAAUGGAGUUAAGAUUGAAAUGCCUUGUGGGCCUGGGACGCUGUUUGACUUUGCGUCACAGACAUGCGACUGGCCACACGCAGUAACCUGUUACCCAGGCGCUACAACAUCAGCCCCAACAACAACAUCAACAACAACAACAACAACAACAGCUCCGUCAACAACACCGCCAUCAACAGAGUUCUUACCUAACGGUUGUCCAGCAGACUUUAGCGUACAUCUCUUACUGCCUCAUGAGACAAAUUGUGCUAAGUUCUAUAGCUGCAGCAGUGGAAGGAAGGUCCUUAUGUCGUGUCCACCUGGGACACUCUUUGAUUUUAAAGGACAGGGUUGCGACUUACCAUUCUUGGUUGAAUGCGAACCGGGAGCCACUACGGGAGCACCUUCGACAACAACUGAAUCGGUAACAACAACAACUAGUACUCAAGCCCCUACUACAACAACGACUGACGCGCCAACAACAACUACGACUCAAGUGCCAUCAACGACAACACAAGCGCCAUCAACGACUACACAAGCGCCAACAACGACUGAAGCGCCAACAACAACUAGUGAAAUUCCAACAACAACAACUACUACUACUCAGGCCCCAAUUACAACUACUGCAGAGCCAACAACGACUACAGAAGCUUCAACAACCACACAAGCGCCGACAACAACAACAACUGAAUUGCCAACAACUACUCAGGCGCCAUCAACAAGUACCCAAGCGCCAACAACAACAUCUAGCACUCAGGUGCCAACAACUACUGAACCGCCAACCACGACUGAGGUUCCAACUACAACAACAUCUACAACAAUAACUCAAGCCCCAACAACAACAACGGAAUCCCCAACAACAACAACGACUGAACUUCCAUCAACAACAACAUCUGAAGCGCCAACAACAACAGAUUCCCCAGCGCCAACAACAACACAAGCGCCAACAACAACAGAAUCCCCAACAACAACAACAAUAUCCCCAAUAACAACAUCAACAACAGUUCCAACUACAACAACAGAGCCUGAUCUGCUACCCAACGGUUGUCCGUCAGAUUUUAGCAUACAUCAUUUAUUGCCACAUGAGUCUGACUGCGCUAAGUACUAUUCUUGUGUUAAUGGGAACAAAGUUGAGCAGGAUUGUGCUCCCGGCACCUGGUUUGAUUUUAAUUUGCAGCACUGCAGCUGGCCGUUCAUGGUGGAUUGUACGACAUCCACUACUGCAGCACCGUCAACAACAGCGGCAACAACAACAACUCCUACUGAGGUACCAACAACAACUGAGGAGGUUACAAUAACACAAGUACCGAGUACAACAACACAAGUUCCCAUUACAACAACGACACAAGAGCCUGUAACAACUACAGAGGUACCAACAACAACUGAGGAGGUUACAACAACACAACUACCAAGUACAACAACACAAGUUCCUAUUACAACAACGACACAAGAGCCUGUAACAACUACUGAGGUACCAACAACAACUGAGGAGGUUACAACAACACAACUACCAAGUACAACAACACAAGUUCCUAUUACAACAACGACACAAGAGCCUGUAACAACUACUGAGGUACCAACAACAACUGAGGAGGUUACAACAACACAAGUACCGAGUACAACAACACAAGUUCCUAUUACAACAACGACACAAGAGCCUGUAACAACUACUGAGGUACCAACAACAACUGAGGAGGUUACAACAACACAAGUACCGAGUACAACAACACAAGCUCCCAUCACAACAACGACACAAGAACCUGUACCAACAACAACUGAAGAGGUUACAACAACACAAGUACCAAGUACAACAACACAAGCUCCCAUCACAACAACAGAAGGAUCUACAAACACAACCACUGAAGUUCCUAUUACAUCAACAACAACACAGGUACCAAUUACAACUGCAGUACCAACAACAUAUGAGCCAACAACUGAAUGGGAACAGACAACAACUGAUGUUCCUUCUUCAACAACCACAGAUCUCCCAACAACUCAGACACAGUCGCCUAUUACAACUACAGAAAUUCCUACGACAACAACACAGGUUCCAACAACUUACGAGCCAACAACAGAAUGGGAUCAAACAACCACUGAUGUUCCUAUUUCAACAACAACCACACAAGCACCUAUUACUACAACUGCAGUACCAACAACAUAUGAGCCAACAACAGAACAAAGUACAAGUGUUCCUUCUUCAACAACACAGGAACCCAGUACAACAACAGAAUGGGAACAAAGUACUACUGAAGUACCUAACAUAUCAACAACAGUACAGGUACCUACAACAACGACACAGGUACCUAGUACCACAACAACAGAUGUUCCAUCAACAACAACAUCUUGGGACACUACCAUUGAUGACUCAACUUCAACUGAUGGACCUACAACUAUUGUGAUACCUACUACAUCAACACAGGUACCUAUAACAACAACUGUUGAGCCAACAACUGAAUGGGAUUCGACAACAACAGAUAUACCUGUAUCCACAACAACAGUUACUGAAGAGGUGUCUACAACAACACAGGGUUCAAUAACAAAUGUGCCCACAACAACACAAGGUCCGAUUACAUCAACACAAGCUCCAACAACAUCUGAGGUACCAACAACAGUAACUGAAGAGGUAUCUACAACAACACAGGGUUCAACAACAAAUGUGCCAACAACAACGCAAGGUCCGAUUACAUCAGUACCUACUACUUAUGAACCUUCUACUUAUGAACCAACAACAACAGAGGGUCUCUCAACAACGCAAGGUCCAAUCACAACAACAGUUCCUACAACUUUUGAGCCCACAACCGAUUGGGUUCCAACAACAACUACGUUUACAACUCAAGGUCCAAUCACAACAACUGAGGUACCUACAACAACAGAUGUUCCUUCUUCAACAACAGUUCAAGUACCAACAACUUCAUUUGAACCUACAACCAUUGAUGAUUUAACUUCAACUGAUGGACCAACAACUGUUGUGAUACCUACUACAUCAACACAAGGUCCUAUUUCAACAACAACUCAAGAACCCAGUACUGUAACAGUACCUGAGUCAACAACAGAAUGGUUACCAACAACAACAACAUCGGAUGUGCCUUCUGUAACAACAGAGGUACCUAGUACAUUUGAGCCAACAACAGAGUGGGUUUCAACCACAAAUGUUCCUUCAACAACAACUUACUUGCCAACAACACAUAUUCCUACUACUACUGAGGGAUCAACUGAAACUGAUAUACCAACAACAGUAUGGCCAUCUACUUCAGAGGUGCCAACAACUUACAUACCAACAACACAGUCUUCUACAACGACACAAGGUCCAACAGAGACUGAUGUGCCAACAACAGCAUGGCCAUCUACUUCAGACGUGCCAACAACAACUUAUAUACCAACAACACAGUCUUCCACAACAACAGAGGGUUCAACUGAAACUGAUGUACCAACAACAACUUAUGUACCAACAACUCAGGAACCCACAGAGACUGAUGUGCCAACAACAUCUUGGCCAUCUACUUCAGAGGUUCCCUCAACAACAUAUGUGCCAACAACACAGGGAUCAACUGAAACUGAUGCACCAACAACAGCAUGGCCGUCUACUUCAGAGGUGCCAACAACAACAAAUGUACCAACAACACAGUCUUCCACAACUACACAGGGAUCAACUGAAACUGAUGCACCAACAACAGCAUGGCCGUCUACUUCAGAGGUUCCCUCGACAACAUAUGUACCAACAACACAGUCUUCUACAACAACUCAGGGUUCGACAGAGACUGAUGUGCCAACAACAGCAUGGCCAUCUACUUCAGAUGUGCCAACAACAACAUGGCCAUCUACUUCAGACGUGCCAACAACAACGUAUAGACCAACAACACAGUCUUCUUCAACAACCCAGGGAUCAACUGAAACUGAUGUGCCAACGUCUUGGCCAUCUACUUCAGAAGUACCAACAACAACACAGGGACCUACCGUCACUGACGUUCCAACAUCAACAACAAAUGUACCUUCAACAUUUGAGCCAACAACGGAAUGGGUACCUACUACUUCAGAUAUUCCUUUGUCAACAACUUCUGAGGUACCAACAACAGUUACUGAAGAGGUACCCACCACUUAUGAGCCAACAACGAUCGUUGUACCUACUACUACAACAACACAGGGUCCUAUUACAACAACACAGUUACCUAUAACAACAACUAAUGAACCUUCUACUACUGAAGAAUCUACUUCAACACAUGAUCCAACAACGAUUGUUGUUCCUACAUCAACAACACAAACUGCAAUACCUACUAAUGAACCUUCGACAACUUGGCAACCUACUACUACAGAUGAAUCUCCAACAACUGAAAACGAUGUGCCAACAACAACAUACAUACCAACAACACAGUCUUCUACAACAACGCAGGGAUCUACUGAAACUGAUGUGCCAACAACAGCAUGGCCAUCUACUUCAGAUGUGCCAACAACACAGUCUUCUACAACAACGCAGGGAUCAACUGAAGCUGAUCUGCCAACAACAGCAUGGCCGUCUACUUCAGAUGUGCCAACAACAACAUACAUACCAACAACACAGUCAUCUACAACAACCCAGGGAUCAACUGAAACUAAUGCACCAACAACAGUAUGGCCAUCUACUACAGAGGUGCCAACAACAACAUAUGUACCAACAACACAAGGAUCAACUGAGACUGAUGUACCAACAACAACAUAUAUACCAACAACACAGUCUUCCACAACAACUCAGGCUUCGACAGAGACUGAUGUACCAACAACAGCAUGGCCAUCUACUUCAGAUGUGCCAACAACAACAUAUAUUCCAACGACACAGUCCUCUCCAACACCUGACGGAUCAACUGAAACUGAUGUGCCAACAACAACAUAUAUACCAACAACACAGUCAUCUACAACACCACAAGGAUCAACUGAAACUGAUGUCCCAACAACAGCAUGGCCAUCUACUUCAGACGUGCCAACAACACAAGGUUCUACAGAGACUGAUGUACCAACAACACAGUCUUCUACAACAACGCAGGGAUCAACUGAAACUGAUGUCCCAACAACAGCAUGGCCACCUUCAACAACGAAUGUACCUACAACUUACGACCCCACUACUAUAAUUAUUCCUUCUACUACCACUGAAGAUCCAAUCACAAGUACUCAGGUACCUUCUACCUACGAGCCAACAACAGAAUGGGAAUCUACAACAACAGACGUUCCCAGCUCAACAACGAAUGAACCUAUCACAUCAACUAGUACUACAGAUGUGCCUUCUUCAACAACAGUUGAGCCUAUAACAACAGAGAUCCCAACAACUUGGGAAACUCCUAUCAUACCUAGUUCAACAUCCACAUAUGAACCUACGACUAUUGUUGUACCUACAACAGUAACUACUAAUGUACCUACAACAGGUAUAACAGAAGAAUCAACACAAACUACAUCUGAAUUACCAACUACUGUUGAACCUUCAACAACACAGGGUCCCACUUCAAUAGUGACUACAGAAUCACCUACAACAACAGAUAUACCUACUGUGCCAUCAACAACAUCGGUACCUACAACUUACGAGCCUACAACUUCUGAUACUACAGCUUGGCCAACAACAACAUACAUCCCAACAACAGAAGGUCCUACUGUAACUGAUAUUCCAACAACUAAUUGGCCUUCUACUUCUGACGUACCAACAACAACUUAUGUUCCAACGACACAGGUGCCAAUAUCUACCCAGGGACCAACUGAAACUGAUGUCCCAACAACAGCUUGGCCAUCAACUUCAGAAGUGCCAACAACAACUUAUAUUCCAUCAACACAGUCUCCCACAACAACAGAAGGAUCUUCAACAACACAAGGACCCACUGUUACUGACAUUCCAACAACAGUAUGGCCAUCUACUUCUGACGUACCAACAACAACAUCUCAGGAUACAACAUACAUACCGACAACAACAGAUGAACCCACAGUCACUGAUGGUCCAACGACAAUAAGGCCUAGUACAACUGAUGUGCCUACAACAACGCCACAAGGUACUACAUAUGUACCAACAACACAGGCUCCUAGCAGUACUGAUGUUCCAACAACGACAUACAUCCCAACAACAAAGGUUCCUACAACAACGGAGGGACCUACUGUAACUGAUGCCCCCACAACAACCGAGGGAUCGUCAACAACACAAGGACCUAGUGUUACUGAUAUUCCAACAACUAAUUGGCCUUCUACUUCAGAUGUGUCAACAACAACUUACAUUCCAACAACACAGGUUCCCACAACAACCCAGGGACCAACUGAAACUGAUAUACCAACAACAGCUUGGCCAUCUACAUCAGAUGUGCCAACAACAACUAAUAUUCCAACAACACAGGCUCCUACAUCUACCCAAGGACCAACUGAAACUGAUGCUCCAACAACAGCUUGGCCUACUACUUCUGACGUACCAACAACAACAUUCUUCCCAACUACACAGGUUCCCACAACAACCGAGGGAUCAACUGAAACUGAUUUACCAACAACAAAUUGGCCAUCCACUUCAGAUGUGCCAACAACAACUUAUAUUCCAACAACACAGGCGCCCACAACAACAGAAGGAUCUUCAACAACACAGGGACCAACUGAAACUGAUGUACCAACAACGAAUUGGCCUUCUACUUCAGAUGUGCCAACAACAACGUCUCAGGAUACAACAUACAAUCCAACAACAACAGAUGUACCCACAGUCACUGAUGGUCCAACAACAAUAUGGCCUAGUACAACUGACGUGCCAUCAACAACAUCACAAGAUACUACAUAUAUACCAACUACAUCUGAAAUACCAACAACAUCUCAGGAUACAACAUACAUCCCAACAACUUCGGGACCUACAGUUACUGAUGAUCCUUCGACUGUAGAGCCUAUAACGACUGACGGACCAACAACAACUUAUGUUCCCAGUCCAACAACACAGGCUCCUUCAACAACGGAUAGACCCACUGUCACUGAUGGACCAACAACAUCUGAAGGACCGACUGAAACUGAUGUGCCAACAACGGUAUGGCCAUCUACUUCGGACUUGCCAACCACAACUUACAUUCCAUCAACACAGGCUCCCACUAGCACCCAGGGACCUACUGAAACUGACAUACCAACAACAAAUUGGCCUACUACUUCAGAUGUACCAACAUCUCAAGAAACUACUUACAGCCCAACAACUCAGGAACCUACAGUUACUGACGGACCUUCAACUAUAGGGCCCAUAACUACAGACUUGCCAACAACUACGCCAGAUGAUACUACAGACUUCCCAACAACAACACAGGGGCCAACUGAAACUGAUGUGCCUACAACAGCAUGGCCAUCUACUUCAGAUGUACCAACAACAACUUACAUUCCAACAACACAGGGACCUUCUACCACAGGGCCAACUACGUCUGAAAUACCAACAACAUCACAAGAUACUACAUAUGUUCCAACAACACAGCCACCGUCGUCAACUCAGGGACCCACAGAGACUGAUGUACCAACAACAACAUCUCAAGAUACAACAUACUUACCAACAACAUCGGGACCUACAGUUACUGAUGAUCCUUCGACUGUGGAGCCUAUAACGACUGACGGGCCAACAACAACUUACAUUCCAACGACACAAGCGCCUACAACAACGCAAGGACCCACAGUCACUGAUGGGCCAACAACAAAUUGGCCUACUACUUCAGAUGUUCCAACAACAGUAUGGCCAUCUACUUCUGAUAUACCAACAACAAUACCUCAAGAUACUACAUAUGUCCCAACAACACAAGUUCCCACAAGCACCGAGGAACCAACUGAAACUGAUGUGCCAACAACAAUAUGGCCGUCUACUCCAGAUGUGCCAACAACAACUUACAUUCCAACAACAUCAGGACCAACAGAAACUGAUGUGCCAACAACAAAUUGGCCGUCUACUUCUGAGGUCCCAACAACAACUUAUAUUCCAACAACAGAGAGUCCCACAAUAACACCGGGACCCACAGUCCCCGAUGAUCCUUCGACUGAAGGGCCUGUAACGACUGAUUUACCAACAACAACAUCACAAGAUACAACAUAUGUACCAACAACUCAGACUCCUACAACAACUCAGGGACCAACUGCUACUGAUGGGCCAACAACAUCUGAAAUACCAACAACAUUCUUCCCAACAACACAGGUACCGUCAUCAACUGAAACUGAUGUACCAACAACAAAUUGGCCAUCUACUUCUGAGGACCCAACAACAACUUAUAUUCCAACAACACAGGCUCCCAUAACAACACAAGGACCCAUAGUCACUGAUGGGCCAACAACAAAUUGGCCGUCUACUUCUGAUAUACCAACAACAACACCUCAAGAUACUACAUAUAUACCAACUACUCAGGUACCGUCAUCAACACAGGGACCAACAGAGACUGAUAUCCCAACAACAAUUUGGCCUACUACUUCAGAUGCUCCAACAUCUCAGGAAACUACUUACAGCCCAACAACUCAGGCUCCUACAUCAACACAGGGACCAACUGAAACUGAUGUGCCGACAACAGCUUGGCCAUCAACUUCAGAUGUGCCAACAACACAGGCUCCCAUAUCUACCCAGGGGCCAACAGAAACUGAUGGUCCAACGACAAUAUGGCCUAGUACAACUGACGUGCCAAUAACAACGCCACAAGAUACUACAUAUGUGCCAACAACACAGGCUCCUAGCAGUACUGAUGUUCCAACAACUACUUACAUUCCAACAACACAGGGACCAACUGAAACUGAUGGACCAACAACAAAUGUUCCAACAACGCAGGGUCCUAUUACCACUGACGAGCCAACAACGACGUAUGUACCAACAACACAGGGACCUACAGAGACUGAUGCACCAACAACGGUACGGCCAUCUACUUCAGACGUACCAACAACAACAUAUGUACCCACAGUUACUGAUGGUCCAACGACAAUAUGGCCUAGUACAACUGACGUGCCAACAACAACGCCACAAGAUACUACGUAUGUACCAACAACACAAGCUCCCACAACUACCCAGGGACCAACUGAAACUGACGUGCCAACAACAAAUUGGCCUACUUCCUCAGAUGCUCCAACAUCUCAGGAAACUACUUACAUCCCAACAACUCAGGGACCGACAGUCACUGAUGUUCCGACUACAGUAUGGCCAUCGACUUCUGAUGUACCAACAACUACAUCUCAGGAUACAACAUAUAUACCAACAACACAGGGACCCACAGUCACUGAUGAUCCUUCCACUGAAGAGCCUGUAUCAACUAACACACCAACAACACAACCUCCCUCAACAACUCGGGGACCAACAGAAACUGAUGCACCAACAACACAACCUCCCUCAACAACUCAGGGACCAACUGAAACUGAUGUGCCAACAACACAACCUCCCUCAACAACUCAGGGACCAUCUGAAACUGAUGUGCCAACAACACAGGGACCCACAGUCACAGAUGGCCCAACAACGACAUACGUACCAUCAACACAGGGACCUACAGAGACUGAAGUGCCUACAACAACAUCACAAGAUACAACACAGGGACCGUCAUCAACUCAGGGAUCAACUGAAACUAAUGUGCCAACAACGAAUUGGCCAUCUACUUCUGAUAUACCAACAACUACAUCUCAGGAUACAACAUAUAUACCAACAACACAGGGGCCCACAGUCACUGAUGAUCCUUCCACUGAAGGACCUGUAACAACUGACACACCAACAACACAAGCUCCCUCAACAACUCAGGGACCAACAGAAACUGAUGCACCAACAACAUAUAUACCGACAACACAGCCUCCCACUAGUACCCAGGGACCAACUGAAAUUGACGUACCAACAACAUAUGUCCCAACAACACAGGGACCUACAGAAACUGAUGGACCAACAACACAGGGACCUACAGUCACAGAUGGCCCAACAACGACAUAUAUACCAACAACGACAUAUAUACCAACAACGCAGGGACCUACAGAGACUGAUGCACCAACAACAACAUCACAAGAUACUACAUAUGUACCAACAACACAGGCGCCGUCAUCAACUCAGGGAUCAACUGAAACUGAUGUGCCUACAACACAGGGUUCCACUGUCACUGAUGAUCCUUCCACAGAAGAACCAGUAACAACUGACGCACCAACAACACAAGCUCCCACAACAACCCAAGGACCAACUGAAACUGAUGCACCAACAACACAGGGACCUACAGAGACUGACGCACCAACAACACAGGGACCUACAGAGUCUGACGCACCAACAACACAAGGUCCUACAGAGACUGAUGUACCAACAACAAAUUGGCCAUCUAGUACAGACGUACCAACAUCAACUUCUCAAGACCCAACAUACAUACCAACAACACCGUCUGAAACACCAACAACAGAAUGGACAACCACAGAGGUUCCAACAACAGAAAUAACAGAGCCAUCUUCUACACAGGCUUCAACAACAAACAACCCAGACGCAACUGAUGUGACAACAACAGUGACCACUGAUUAUCCGACAACGGAAGAGUAUGAUCCAUGUCCAUUAGGCACUUAUGGCAAUGUGCCCCAUCCAGAACUUUGCAAUGCUUUCUAUCUGUGUGUCAGUGGGGUAGCUGUACAACUUUUGUGUCCAAAUGGUCAUGAAUUUGAUAGAGAAACUAAGGUCUGCGUCCCAAUAGCCCCAGGCGGUUGCACCUUAGGACCUAUAACUACUACAACCGAUGCAACAGACACGACAUCAGAUGCACAUAUAACAACCCCUGGUAUCCCCACUACCACGGUCUCUGAAACUGAGGAGAUUUGCGCAGAAGGCGUUUGGGGUAACAUUCCUCAUCCGACCCGUUGUGAUUCGUUUUAUAUGUGUGCUGCGGGCAAUGCUAUACAGUUGUAUUGUAGUGAAGGUUUUGAAUUCGAUCCGGAAGUUAGGCAAUGCGUCCUCAUCGCCGAAGGAGGCUGUACCAUGGGAUCUACAACAACGACCCCCGUUCCCACUACCCAGGACCCCGUCAGUGCUCUCUGCCCUAUCGGCUCCUGGGGCAAUGUACCCCACCCUGAGCUGUGCAACUCCUUCUAUCUGUGCACUGGGGGUCAAGCCAUACAGUUGUUCUGUAGCGAUGGCUUUGAGUUCGAUCCUGAGUUACGGACUUGCGUCCUAAUAGCCGAAGGGGGUUGCACUUAUGGCUUGAGCACAACUUCAUCAGGAACAGAAACGACUUCCGAAGGCUUCCAAUCGACUACGACUAACGUGCAGACGACUACGGACAGCGAGACACCGACUUCUAUACCAACGACUUCAGAGUCGCCGACUUCAGAGCCAACGACUACGGAAGCUUAUGAUCCAUGUCCUAUAGGAGUAAUAGGCAAUGUUCCUCAUCCGACACAGUGUAAUUUGUAUUAUAUGUGUAUGAAUGGAGUUUCUAUGGAACUCAGUUGUCCUGAAGGAUUUGAAUUUGAUGAUAUAAGCAAGGGUUGUAUCGAAAUAGCCCCCGGUGGCUGCACCCUCGGAUCUGGCACUACGAUUGGUAACACUGAAACAACUUCAGAAUCCUCAUCAACAACGUCAGAAAGUUCUGAAGUUACAUCAACACCUACACAGAAUACUGAGACAACGACUUCGGCAUACGAUACCACUACAAUAGCAGGUUCUUCAACAACGUCUGACAAUUCUGAGGAGACUACUGAAUCUUCAUCAACAACACAAAAUGUUGACACAACAACUUCAGACAAUGUUGGAACAACUACGUUAGCUUCAACAACAUCUGAAGAUUCUGAAAUCACUACAAUUGCUUCAUCAACAACUACAGAAAGUUCUGAUACGACCUCAGAACCUUCAUCAACAACACAAAAUGUCGAUACAACAACUACAGACAUUGUUGGCACAACGACAGAAGGUUCACUAACGACAUCAGAAAGUUCUGACACAACAACAGAACUUUCAUCGACAACUUCACAAAUUGUUGAGACGACAACGUCAGACAAUUUAGACACAACUACAGAAACUUUAUCAACGUCAGAAAGUUCUGACACAACAACAGAACUUUCAUCAACGACAUCACCAAGUGUUGGCACAACUACAGAAGCUUCAUCAACAACUUCAGAAGGUUCUGACACAACAACAGACCUUUCAUCAACAACACAAAAUGUUGACACAACAACAUCAGAAAGUGUUGGCACAACAACAACAUCAGACAAUUCUGAUUCAACAGAGCCUUCAUCAACAACUUCUGACACAUCAGACACUACAACAUCUACAACAACAGUUGUUGAUGACAUAGAAACAACAACAGAACCUUACGACCCUUGUCCUAUAGGGGUAUUUGGUAACGUCCCACAUCCGACGGAGUGUACUUUAUAUUACAUGUGUCUGAAUGGCGUUCCUGUACAGUUAACUUGUCCGAGUGGAUUUGAGUUCGAUCCUACAAGCAGGACAUGCGUAGCCAUAGCUGAAGGUGGAUGCACCCUAGGAACCAUCACCACAACUCCUGGCUUGGAAGUCAAGGACCCAGAAGACACGACUCCCGAUCACCCCGUCUCCGUAGACCCCACGGAUAUAACUACAGUAGUGACGGAAGCGCCAUUCGUUUGUCCUGCAGGGGUGUUCGGCAAUGUGGCACAUCCAGAAAUUUGUGAUGCUUUCUAUGUAUGUACGGGUAGUUCUGUGAUACAGUUAUACUGCAGUGCUGGGUUUGAAUUUGAUCCGGAGACUAGUGUCUGCGUCCCAAUAGCUGAAGGUGGUUGUACCCUCGGCUCUGGUACCACCACGACUCUCGCUCCCACUACCACCACGGAAGCACCACUAUGCCCCAUAGGACAAUGGGGGAAUAUACCCCACCCGGAGCUGUGUAACUCAUUCUAUACGUGUGUUGGGGGAACUGCUAUUCAAUUGUUCUGCAGUGAUGGAUUUGAAUAUGAUCCGGAGUUGAGGACUUGUGUAGCCAUAGCUGAAGGAGGAUGUACACUUGGAUCACAAACAACACCAUCUACUGAAACAACAACAACUGCUGUAACAACAGAAAGUUCAGAAACAUCAACAGACAGUGAUCAAGUUUCUGAUGAAGAAUCUGACGAUCUGACCCCUGGUGACGCAGUAACCACUCAACGUCCUGACAAUUCUAAAGAGGAUUCUGAUGAAAUAACAACUACUACAGAAGCGGCGACUACUGAAUCAGGGACUACUGAAUCAUCAACUACUGAAUCAGUUAAUGAAACAACUAUAUUUGACUACGAUUCAAUUAAUGUGACUGAAUCGUCAACUACCUAUUCUACUGAAAGCACUACCUCAUAUGUAACAACGGAGUCAUCAACAACUGUUGAUGAUUUGACUACAGAAGCUGAUCUAACAACUGCUGCAUCUACAGAAUAUCCUGAAUCAACGACUGACAGUACAACUGAUUACAGUUCUACAUCUACUACGCUAGAUUAUACAGAUACUACAUUAGAUUACACAGAUACUACAGAAGAAUACAAUACUACUACAGAAGAUUACACUAGUACUACAGAAGAGUACAAUUCUACUACAGAAUCAUCUACAGGAACAGAUGCAACGACAACAACAGAAGCUUCAGAUGCAACAACCGUCGCACCUAUAUGUCCCAUGGGUGUGUUCGGUAAUGUACCGAAUCCAGAGAGAUGUGAUGGGUACUACAUGUGUAGUGGAGGUCUUGCUAUACCGUUGUUCUGUCCUGAAGGAUUUGAAUAUGACCCUGAAGCUAGGACCUGUGUAUUAAUAGCUGAAGGUGGUUGUACUCUUGGACCAAGCACGGAAACAAACACCGAUAUACCUAGUACGACCGAAGAAACGACUUCGUCACCAGUAGAAACAACUUCGGUCCCAGUAGAAACGACUUCGCAAAGUGUAGAAACAACUUCGGAAAGUGUAGAAACUACUACAGCGGCGCCAAUCUGUCCUGUUGGUGUGUUCGGAAACGUGCCUCAUCCAGAUAGAUGCGAUGCCUUCUACACUUGUGCAGGUGGAAAUGCAAUACUCUUGGUCUGCAGUCAAGGUCAUGAAUUUGACCCUGAGACUAGGACUUGCGUUGUAAUUGCCGAAGGAGGAUGCACACUUGGGUCAGGUACCACGCAAGCUGACACAACUUCAAAGCCAAGCUCAACCACGGAAGCAAGCGAGACGACUCCCACUUCGUCCCCAGUAGAAACGACUUCGGAAAAUGUACAGACAACUACGAACAGUGUAGAAACAACUACAAACAAUGUACAGACUACUACACAAAAUGAGGAACCUUUGUGUCCACCUAACUUCUGGGGCAAUGUGGCCCAUCCGGAGAUUUGCUCUUCCUUCUAUUUGUGCACCAAUGGCAUGGCUAUACAGUUGCACUGUAGUUCUGGGUUCGAGUUCGAUCCCGUUGCAAGGGAAUGCGUCGCAAUAGCGGAAGGCGGUUGCACCCUUGGUUCAGCCACAGAAACCACUUCCCACCAACCGACAGCAACUUCGGAAUAUAUUCCUACAACUUCGGAAUAUGUUCCCACAACUACGGAAGAUGGGGCUACACCGCCCCCACUAUGUCCUGUAGACUACUGGGGCAAUGUGGCACACCCAGACAUCUGCUCGUCUUUCUAUCUGUGCACUAAUGGCAUAGCUAUACAGUUGCAUUGUAGCUCUGGAUUUGAGUUUGAUCCUGUGUCUAAGUCCUGCGUUGAAAUCGCACCAGGAGGCUGUACCCUCGGCAACGUACCAACCCCAACGGGAACCGAACCUACAGCCACCCCAGCGCCUACCACCACCACGACUGCUAAACCCACGACAGAAUACAUAAAGACUACCACCACCUUCCUGUGUCCUUCAGAGUUUAUUGGUAACUUGCCUGACCCUGAAAACUGUAACAGUUUCUACAGUUGUAUUGAUGGGGUCCCAGUGAAGUUAUACUGUGCUGAAGGAUAUGAAUUUGAUGCUGAAAAACUUACUUGUGUAGUAAUUGCUGAAGGAGGCUGUACUCUUGGGAAUUCACAAACUCCACCUUCAGACGAAAACGUUCAAACAACAGUUUCUGAUUCAACAACAACAAACCUACCAACAACACUGCCUUCAGAACCAACAACAGGUGUUGAUGAGAAUGAAACACCAGCACCAGCUGAUUCAGAAGAGGUCACUUUUGAACCUACAACUGAAGAUAUAGAGACGGAAACUACUUUAAAACCAACCACUAUUGAAGUACCAGUUUCUACAGUACCAACAACUGUUACUCAAGGUCCUACAUCAUCUGAAGCAGUUGGUACGACUUCAGAAGAACCUAUAACUACUACAACUUCGGAAGUUCCUACUACGACUUCUGAAGCGACUAGUACAACUCCAGAAGUCACCACCACUCCGGUAGCCAUUACUACCACUCCAGAAGCAGUUACUACUACUCCGGGCGCCAUUACUACAACUCCAGACGUAAUUACUACCACUCCAGAACAGACUACUACAACUCCGGAAGCUAUUACUACCACUCCGCAAGCCACUACUAUAACUCCGCAACUAACUACAACUACGGAACAAGUAGAAACGACUACAGCAAGAGUAAUAUGUCCUCCUGGAGUAUUCGGUACAGUACCAGACCCUGACAGAUGUGAUGCCUUCUAUAGAUGCAUGGGGGCAAUACCACCGUUGCAUCUAACAUGUUCUGCUGGAUUUGAAUAUGACCAUUCCGUUAUGAACUGUGUGGCAAUAGCCGAAGGAGGUUGUACACUUGGAAAUGGUUCUCAAGAUGUAACCACUACAUCGAUUCCGACUACUGUAGCUCCAGAAGUUACUACAACUUCCGAACAAACAACUGCACCAUCGGAGCCAACUACAGUAUCGGAAUUAACAACUUUGACUCCGGAAGAUUCAACUUCAAAUGAGAAUCCAACAACAAUCCAAGAUGAUGUCAAGACAACAUAUGAACCUACUAUUGGAGAUGCAAUACCAACAACAACGGUUAAACCAACUACAGAAGAGCAAUCUACAUCUGAAUCAAUUACUACAACAGAACUACCGACAAGUCCUACUCCGGAAGCUACUACCACUUCGGAACAGUCACCUACAUUACCAGGAUUAACAACUCUUCCUUCUGAUGAAAUAACUGCUACCGAACAAGCUCCAACGACAUUAAGUCCGACAACUGUAACCGCAGAAGUUACUACGACUUCCGAAGCAGUUACUACGACUCCCGAAGCAGCUACUACGACUCCUGAAGCAGCUACUACGACUCCGGAUAUAACUACUACUACUACGGAAGCAGUACAGACAACUACAGCCCCCGUAAUAUGUCCUCCCGGAGUAUUCGGUACUUUGCCAGACCCUGAAAGGUGUGAUAGGUUCUAUAGAUGCAUGGGGGCUGUCCCACCAUUGCAUCUGACAUGCUCAGCUGGACUAGAAUAUGACCAUUCGGCUAUGGGUUGUGUGGAAAUAGCUGAAGGUGGUUGCACGCUAGGAAAUAACCCUGGAACCAGACCAGAAGAAACAACCACAGGUGCAGCGAUAACCACGACAUCAAUCCCUACUACUCUAGAAGAUACUACAUCUCCGGAAGCCAGUACUACAACUCAAGAGGCAAUAACCACCACUCCGGAAGCAACUACUGCCCCUCCGGAAGCAAUUACCACCACUCCAGAAGCAAUUUCUACCACCCCGGAAGCAAUAACUACCACUCCGGAAACAAUCACCACCACUCCGGAAGCGAUUACUACCACUCCGGAAGCAAUCACUACCACUCCGGAAGCAACUACUACCACUCCGGAAGCAAUUACCACCACUCCGGAAACAAUAACUAUCACUCCGGAAGCAGUUACCACCACUCCGGAAUUAAUUACCACCACUCCGGAAACCGUUACCACCACUCCGGAAGCAAUUACCACCACUCCAGAAUCGAUUACUACCACUCCGGAAGCAAUUACCACCACUCCGGAAACAAUAACUACCACUCCGGAAGCAGUUACCACCACUCCGGAAUUAAUUACCACCACUCCGGAAGCCGUUACCACCACUCCGGAAGCAAUUACCACCACUCCAGAAUCGAUUACUACCACUCCGGUAGCAGUUACUACUCCGCAACCGGUUACUACAACUACGGAAGCAGUAGAAACAACUACAGCCCCCGUAAUAUGUCCUCCCGGAGUAUUCGGUACUUUGCCAGACCCUGAGAGGUGUGAUAGGUUCUAUAGAUGCAUGGGGGCUGUCCCACCAUUGCAUCUGACAUGCUCAGCUGGAUUAGAAUAUGACCAUUCGGCCAUGGGUUGUGUGGAAAUAGCUGAAGGUGGUUGCACACUAGGAAAUAACGGUGAAAACAGACCAGACGAAACAACCACAACUCCGGAAUUAGCUACCACAACUCCGGAAGCAACCACUAACACUCCGGAACUAACUACUACCACUCCGGAACUAACUACCACAACACCGGAACUAACUACUACCACUCCGGAACUAACUACCACAACUCCGGAACUAACUACUACCACUCUGGAACUAACUACCACAACUCCGGAAUUAACUACCACAACUCCGGAGCUAACUACCACAACUCCGGAAUUAACCACCACAACUCCGGAGCUAACUACCACCACUCCGGAAUUAACCACCACAACUCCGGAAUUAACUUCCACAACUCCGGAAUUAACUACAACUCCGGAAACGACUACAACUACGACUACAGCUCCACAAUUAUGUCCUCCCGGUGUAUUCGGGACUGUCCCGGACCCUGAAAGAUGCGAUGCCUUCUAUAGAUGCAUGGGAGCGGUGCCGCCGUUGCAUCUAACUUGUCCAACUGGUUUUGAGUACGAUCCGUCAGUGCAGAAUAAUUGCGUCCUCAUAGCCGAAGGGGGUUGUACUCUUCGCAAAUCUGCUCAAGCAUCGUCAUUUCUCAAUCAAAAUGGGACUUCGGAAACCCUGAAUGCUCAAGACAUUGAUGUAGAAGAGUCUACUAAACUCUUGGCGGAUAUAAUGUGUCCUGUAGGUACUUAUGGCAAUGUGAAGGACCCGGCUGGAUGUGAAUCGUACUAUUUCUGUGGAGGCGAUACUGUUAUGAAAAUGUAUUGCAGCCAAGGAUUUGAGUUUGAUGAUAUUACGAAGUCUUGCUCUCCAAUGUCACAAAGCUGCACGGCAAAAUUAAAAGGAAAACUGGUCUGAUUGCUAAACACUUUGACAGCUGAACAAAAUGGAUAACGGCGUACUUUGACAUUUUGCUGAACAAUCUCUUAUAAAAUAAUUUCACAUACAUUUUCCUAAUUUACGCGGCUUCUAAAAGUUCUAGAGAUAUGUUAAAUAACUUAAAAUCUUCCUCAAGAAUUGGACUUUUUAAUGUUGAAAGAAUUUUUCUUAUCUGACUUGUAGUUUCGGAGUUACACGCGUUGAAAUAAACAUGCAAGUUUUUAAGUUGUCAGAGUCUAUGACAAAAUUGUUGUAUGUGCCAAAAAACUAAUAAUAAAUAACUUAAGUAUAUUGAUUUUAAUUAAAUUAUUUUGUAAUAGAUUGUUCAAUAAAUAAAUAAUUGUUUGUAUAUAAAUAAAUGCAUUACUUAGUAAUGAAACUUUGAGAUCUACAACUUAUAGUGAUUGAUAAUAUUGAUUGAUAGAUUGAGAUGGAGUGAGAAAUCUGCUAGAAGAAAUAAAUAGACAGAAAUAUGAGAUUAUUUAAGUGAAGAUGAUAUAGAAUUUUUCAAUGCAAUUUUUCUAGUAGGGCAGUUCACAUUUUUGAUUUUUGGGGUUAUAUAUUUUUUUCAAAAUGUGAACAUAAGUCCCAAGAUUGCUCGAUUCAUCAGAUGUAAUCAAUCAAUUUCUAUCAAUCAAUCAAUCAAUAAAAAGAAUCUGAUUUUCAAAUAUUUAUUUUUAUUUUACAUAUAUUUUUGAAAUUAAUAUUUGAAAUAACUUUCGCACUGUGACCAAUGUAUUUUGUAUAGAAAUAGGAUUAAUAAUUAUUUAUUGUAUUUUUAAUAUUUUUAAGGAAGAAUUUGUAUUAAAAGUAAACCAAAGGUCCACCAAAAAAUAAAUGAAGGUGCGAAAAAAUAGUUGUAAAUAAAAAGUUUCAUGUUUUAA